UAGAAGCAGCUGUCUGACUGAAAGUGAAAAUGAUUCAUUUAAAUGAACCUUUUGAACAAACAUUAGCCCAAUCUUCAGCAGCUUGUUUUUCAUGCUUAUUUCCUUUCAUAUCUCUUCUUUCUCAUGGAGUUGCCUCUAACAUUUGUGAUGGCCUGAUGCAGCUCAGAGCCACACAAUGUUAAGUGGGUACAUUGCAGCGUUGCAGCGUGGGUUGGAUUUCUGAUGAAAUAAUGACAGAAAAAGGAUGUGGUAAAAUGAACACACCCACCGUAAUAAAUAGGAGGGAACCUGCACGUUCUCAGAGAAUGCAACCAGUCUCUCCUCAGAUCUCUUGCUCCUGUGGAUCCUCCAGCAGCGAUCUGUGACCGGGUGGAAAUGAUGACUCCGUGGAGCAGCAGGGUUCCCCUGGCGGUGGUGGUGCUGCUGCUGCUGCAGGCUGCAGGCUGCACGGAUGGAUACAAGCCGGUCAUCAUCGUUCACGGCAUUUUGGACGGACCCAAGCAGUUUGAGAAUCUCUCCAUGUUCAUUAAGAAGGUACAUCCAGGCACCAAGGUGCAGACUGUUAGUCUCUACAACAAUAUGGAGAGUCUGAAGCCGUUGUGGAUGCAGGUUGAAGACUUCAGGAAGGCCAUCGAGGACAUCAUGAACAAGUCUCCUGAAGGAGUCCAUCUGCUGUGUUUCUCACAAGGCGGUCUAAUCUGUCGAGCAGUUCUCUCCACGUCUCCCAAUCACAACGUGCACACAUUCAUCGGCCUGUCCUCUCCGCUGGCUGGACAGUACGGAGACACAGAUUACCUGAGGAAGGUGUUUCCUGACCAUGCAAAGAAGAUGGUUUAUAUCUUCUGCUACAACAAAAUGGGGCAAAAAAUUUCAAUUUGUGACUACUGGAAUGACCCUCACCAUAGAGCCGACUACCUGAGGGGCAACACCUUCCUGCCGCUGAUAAACGGUGAAGAAUCUCACAAGUUCAUGAAAGAUUGGAGAGAAAACUUCCUGCGCAUCAAGAAGAUGGUGCUGAUUGGAGGUCCAGAUGAUGGGGUCAUCACUCCGUGGCAAUCCAGCCACUACGGGUUUUAUAACGCCAGCGAAGAUGUUGUGGAAAUGAGGAACCAGGAGUUUUACAAGCGCGACACGUUUGGUCUGAGGACGCUGGAUGCUCGCGGUGACGUGUCGGUGUGCGUUCAGUCCGGCGUGGAGCACACACACUGGCACUCCAACUUCACCGUGUUCACCAACUGCAUAGAGAAAUGGCUCAUAUGAAAGUGGCUCAACACACACUAAAAUGUGCUAAAGUUUAAAAACACUUACUGGUACUAAAUUAAGACCAUAAAUGCUCAACACAGAGAAUGUGGUGACAUUUAGUGGUAAAAAUGAAGAUUACAACCAAAUAAAGUAUUUUCCUUCUUGACCCUAAAAUCAGGAAACACUUAAAUAGGUGUUCAGUUUAACUAUUGAUCUGUAGGACUUUAAUCUCCUUUUUUAUAUUUCUACUGAGUCAAAUGGCAACAAAAAUAGAUAUUUUUGUAUUUUAUUUUUUGUUCAUGAGGAUAAUGAAAUCUUUUGUGAAGGGAGAAAAAUCUUAAGUACCUUGCUUUGUUGUUAAUUUUUAUUCUGCAGACAUUUGUACUAAUCAGAAAAAGCAUCUCAUAUGUUUUUGUUCUAGAUAUUGAUUUUCUCACAACUACUGCUACUACUUUCUUUACUUAUAAAGCACUUUAAAACAACCAUGGUUGCACAUAUUCAAGUGGCGCACAUAAAAAAUAUGAAAAAACAUGAAACAUUUAAAACAUAAACAAGAAAAAACAAGAACGGAUGGUUAAAAUGAUGCAACCAAUAAAACAAUAAAACAGAAAAAAAGCAAAAAGUGUUAUGCUCUGUUGAAAGCCAAGGAAUAACAAUGCAUUUUUAAUACAGUUUAAAAGUGAACAGUGAAGGAGCUCAUCUGAUUUUGAGGGGUAGAUCAUUCCAUAGCCUUGGGGCAGGAAUACUAAAACUACCGUCCCCUCUGAGCUUCCAGAAGCAGCUGAUCUGGAGGCACCAAGGCCUAACCUGAGACAGCGAGCAGGAGAGUAAGGUGGGAGCAGUUAAAGCUAUAGCUGGUAAUCCUGUUCAGAAACACUUUUUGUAAUACUGGUUAAAAUAGUCCUUCCAUCCUGAAAGUAGUAAAUACUUUUACUGAAAGUAGUAAAUACUUUUACUACUUUCAGAACGUAAAAGUAUGUAAAACAGAACGAGUUUUGGUCCUGCUCUCACCCCCCUCUGUCCCUCAAGGUGCGGGGGUAUCAUCACCUUAACUAUUGGUUGUCGCACAUGCCAAUGAUUCUCACGCGCUCAGUGUCCGUGGUCUUUCCUUUCCAGUUUCCACUUGCUGGCUGUGCAAUUCUGGUGUUUAUGUAUACGGAUAGAUUAGUGACUAGGUUAGCAGUUGUGAUCUCCCUGAAGUGUGGACUCACCUCUCUUAAAGCUGACCCUAGCUUUAAGAGAGGUAACAUGGGGAAAGACCAUGCAAACUUUAAAAUGCACAGGUAGCCAGUGGAGGGAAGCCCGAGUGAGCUCCCUCUUAUGAACUCCAGUUGGAAGCCUGGCUGCAGCAUUCUGGACCAAGUGGUCACUUUUCAGCGAGGACUGGCUGACUCAAUGAUAAAGCCAAUUACAGUAGUCAAGCUGGGUUGUAAUGAAGGCAUAGCCUGCUUUUUCACAUUUUGGUUUGAAUGGGUUUUUACCUUUGCCAGUUCCAUAAGAUAAUAAAAACUGGACUUUACCACUCCUCCAACCUGGUAAUCUCAUUUAAAAUCAGUGUGAAUUUUAAAACCCAAGAUAGAAACUGUCUGCAUUAAAUAUGGUGUUAUGGAUCCCAAAUCACUUGGACGCCACUGGGACCAAAAACCAUUACCCGUCACUGUAUUUUUUUUCUCCAAUUAAAAUUUAACAAUUUCAAGGCCAUCCAGGCAUUGAUGUCUUUAAGACACAGCAAAAGCAGCUUCACUGCGAGGGGUUCCUGUUUUAAUGGCAUAUAUAUAUAUAUAUAU